CGUCUACAGUGGCGAUUAUUCAAGACAAUCCGAGGCGCCAGUACCGGAUUAUUUCAUCAAAACCCUGAAAAGGGGCCUGCAGUUCAUAUUCGUGAUUAUAUUGCCCGAGCGUGGCGGAACGCUCGAGCCCGCGCAUGCUGGCGUGGCUGCCGGCGCUCGGCAGUCCAAAGGUCACAGCCGCGCUCGCGGUGGCUCAAGCACGUGGCGCGUGCCGUGCACGCUUCGCAUAGCUUCUACACGCUUCUUUCACUUCAUUUUCAUUGUGACGAGUUUGCCGAACGCGAGACCUUCGAACGAGCUUACUUUGGUGCCAUCGCAGCGGCUCAGGAGCUGCUGAGCAGACACGCGACGGUCGGGCCUGCUUCUGGGGCUGACUUCGCGUCGGUGCCAGGCUCGGAGGUGGCAAAAUUACAGAAGCGAAGUAAAUGGCGCAGAGAUGGCGGUCAACCACAAAUAGGAGAGAUGGUUCUGAUCAAAGAUGACCGCCUGCCCCCCAACCGAUGGCUGCUGGGUCGAGUCACUGCUGUCUUCCCCGGCGCCGACGGUGUCAACCGUGUGGCCCACGUCUACACUUCAUCAGGAACAAUGAGGAGAGCCUACAACAGGCUCUGCCCUUUACCAACAUUGGAACCAGACGUUCCAAGGGCGGCAGUAUGUUAAGGCGUCUGUGUCAGCGCGCACGCACACAGACGCAUCGCCGCGACCGGUUCGAGGAGCCCAAGCUGCAGAGCGGCGCGGCGCUGCCCGCCCCCCAUUCGGGUCUCAGAGCGCGACGCGGGCGCGUCGAGUUUGUGUCUAUUAUACCUAUCAAAUACCUACUUUCAUUGUAAACCCGCAUUACAUCGAAUAUUCAAGAUUCCUGCGUUUCAUUGCCUUCUGCUGCGAACUACUCACC